GUUGGUUCCCUGACCAAGCUUGAAGCAGCAGUUGUUGAGUCUUCAAGUUCUUGUCGACUUCGAAGCAGGGCGUUCAAGGCAAGCAAGAUUGUGGCAGAAUUGGGCCGGAAUUAGGGGGCUGUUGUAAGAUUCCUCUGGUCCAGGAUAGGUGCACUGAUUUUGUCUUGGAGACGGUGCAGCAGCCUCAUAAUCUCAGUGUUGCGUUCUGCUCGAUUGACUGCAUUGGAAGUCAGACGAACCAUCCAAUCAGGGGGGCUGGUGGGUCUUUAUGUAUGAUAUCGGUCAGUGCACUCCAAUUGAUAUGGUGCUGCAAUCCCAAUGCAACAACUCAAAUGUCCUACCUCAUUUGCUGGCUGUAGUAUUUGUGGCGCCCAGCGCCUCAAUCUUUUAAAGGUGGGCGUCAUACUCUGAGCCACAGCGCAGGAGCGAAAUGGCGAUCUCCAACUCUGCGGAGUGGAACGAGCUGUACAACCGCUUCUACUGUAAGCUAGAAGUGUACACCAUGUGCUGGCCCAGUGUGGACAUCAGCAAGCAUGUCAUUGCGUGUGCAAAGUUUGGUGGCCCCAUAGCCACCGUUCGCGACUCUGGCAAGCUGCUCCUCCUUGCCGCUGAGUCUACGAGACCCAAAGUAAACAUUUACAGCGCGUCAGGCCUGGCGCUGGCAUCCUUUCCGUGGGACAAGGGGAAGAUUGUCAGGAUGGGCUGGACUGACAGCGAGGUGCUGAUGUGCAUCCUGGAGGGGGGGGACAUCUACCAGUACUCCAUACACGGCACCGAGGCAGCCAAGCCUUUCUCCCUCUGGCAUCAGGUGUCGGAGCAGGUGGUGGAGGACUGUUGCUUCUGGGGCCACAGCGUGGUCAUCCGCAGCUCCACGCACCAGCUGUACAUGAUUCCCGACCUUCGGGACCCCUCUACCGUCCAGCUAGCGAGCCCAGGCCUGGAGGACCCCCCCCACAGCAUGGCGAUCAUUGAGCCCCAGUUCACUGUGUCUGGUAACCUGGAGGUAUUGCUGGCGGUGGGGACGAGCGUGGUUGUGGUGGAUGAGGAGACGGCGCAGGACCAGAAGCUAGAGUUGGGCCCCCUAACCCGGAUGGCCGUUUCUCCCAAUGGCAACUUUCUGGCGUGCUUCACCUUUGACGGCAAGCUGCGCGUGCUGUCCACCGACUUCACCAAGAACCUGUCCGAGGUCGACCUCCACACGGACACGCCCCCUGCGCAGCUUGUCUGGUGCGGCACCGACUCCGUGCUCCUGUACUGGGCGGAAGAAGGGGAGCUUGUUAUGGUUGGCCCAUACGGCGACACGAUUCGCUACUCGUACGACGAGCCCCUGGUUCUCGUCCCCGAGUGCGACGGCGUUCGCCUGCUGUCCAACUCGCUGAUGGAGAUCUUGCAGCGCGUCCCCGACUCAGUCGUCUCCAUCUUCGGCGUCGGAAGCACCGACCCUGCAGCGCUUCUUUUCGAAGCCAUGGAGCACUUCGAGAAGCGCAGCGCUAAGGCCGACGAGAACAUCCGCGCGAUCGGGCCGGCCGACCUGCCGGCGGCUGUGGACGCGUGCAUCGACGCGGCGGGGCACGAGUUCGACGUGCCGCAGCAAAAGGCCCUGCUGCGGGCUGCGGCGUACGGCCGCGCGUUCUGCGCAAAGUUCCCGAGGGACCGCUUCCAGGAGGUUUGUAAGGUCCUGCGCGUGUUGAACGCGGUGCGGCACUACGAGACGGGCGUGCCCCUCACUCUGCAGCAGUUCCGUUUGCUGACCGCCCCCGUGCUCAUAGCGCGGCUCGUGAACGCGAACCGACACCUGCUGGCGCUCGAGGUCUCCGACUGGCUGGGCCUAAGCAAGGAGGCCGUGCUGCGCCACUGGGCGUGCGCCAAGAUCGAGACAAGCGGUGACGUGGCAGAGGAGGCGAUCCUGGAGACGAUCGUGAGCAAGCUGCGGACGUCCGCGACCAUGUCAUACGCCCAGAUCGCGGACACCGCGCAUAAGAUGGGGCGGACGCAGCUCGCCGCCAUGCUGCUGGACUACGAGCCCAAAGCGGCGGAGCAGGUACCGUUGUUGAUUCGCAUGGGAGAGGACGAGCGCGCCCUCGCCAAGGCGGUCGACAGCGGCGAUACCGACCUCGUGUACCUUGCCAUCUUCCACCUCCAAAAGCACGUGCCCGAAAAGGAGCUCUUCCGGAUGAUUCAGGCCAAGCCCCUGGCCCGCGACCUGUUUGUCUCUUGGACCCGCCAGAACGACCCAGACGCUCUAAAAAAGUACUUUUUCACCACCGGCAACCCGGCGGCUGCCGCCGAGGUGCUUGUCAAAGAAAGCUAUCAGGCUGCGCUGGAGCGGUCUGGCCGCGGGAGCGCCCUGACGACCCCGCGCAUCAAGAUCCUGGAGCAGGCGAUCGAGCUGUACUCGCAGAACAAAGAGUACGCCUUCCAUGCCAAAAUGGCCGACGAGGCCGCCAAGCUGCUCAAGGCGCAGCAGGAGCUGGAGAUCAGCACGCGGCAGGACGUGUUCGUGGACAGCAGCGUCAGCGACUCCAUCCGAACGUGCAUUGCAAUGGGCAACCACAAGGCCGCCCAGAAACUGAGGGUCGACUUCAAGGUGCCCGACAAGCGCUUCUACUGGCUGAAGAUCAAGGCCCUGGCGCACGCCCGCGACUGGGACGCCCUCGACAAGUUUGCGCGCGAGCGGAAGCCCCCCGUCAGCUACGCGGCUUUUGCAGAGGCGUGCAUCGAGCAGGGCGUGAACAGCGAGGCUAUCAAGUACAUUGGCAAGAUCACCGACCUGCAAGCCAGGGCCGAGGCUUUUGCGCGUAUCGGGAUGGUCAACGAAGCUGCUGAAGCAGCAACCCAGGCUAAGGAUGGGGAGCUUCUGAACAGGUUGCGGUCCACUUUUACGAGCAACACGUCGGCAGCCGCCAUUAUAGAUACAUUCCGAGACAAGCUAUCGCUGCCAGGAUGAAUGAAACGUGAUCCAAUCAUUACUUAAUCAGGGUUCGGAUCCUUAAUUAUGUGC